ACUCAACGGAAACAGCAGAAUAGGCAAGCCAGGCAGCGACCAGCUCUUCACUUCCAUAUCACCACUGGUCAACACUUCCUUCCCCAUUUAUGAUUCAUCUACCCCACCUUGAAGGUUGAAAUUUUGACAAAACUAGAAAGGAAGAACUGCGGAAUGGGAACGAAACUGAAGCUAUAGAAAAUUAAACCCUAACAUGGUCUCUUCGCGAAGGAGGAUCGAACCUACUCUCUAUUGCUCUGCUUCUUUAUCCCUUCAAUUUCAAACUUAAUCUAAUCUUCUCUCUCUCUCCCUGCUUCUUCCAUGGCGUAUUUUACAGUCCGUUGUAGCGAUAAUUUUGAAAACUGUACACCUCGUCCUUUUAUUCUUCCUAAUCCUCCUACUCCGGCUACCUUCGGUGGUGGAUCCGCCUCUCAGCAAUUCAACCCUCUUUGGAUCAUCGCCUUCGCUGUUCUUGGUGGAACUUUUCUUCUCCUUACCUAUUACGCGGUUAUUCUGAAGUACUUUUCGUGUUGGAAACGUUCGAGGGUAGUUCCACCCCAACCAGACGGUAGUGUCCUGGAAGAAUUUCUCGAUGAGGAUCAUGGCCCCGUGAUUGACCACCCCAUCUGGUUCAUCCGAACCGUGGGUCUUCCAGAAAAUAUCAUCAAUUCCAUCAACGUCUGCAAGUACCAGAAGGGAGAGGGAUUGGUUGAAGGGACUGAGUGCUCUGUUUGUCUCGGUGAGUUCCAAGAGGAUGAGACUCUGAGGCUACUACCCAAGUGUAGCCAUGCCUUCCAUCUCCCCUGUAUUGAUACUUGGCUCAGAUCCCAUACUAAUUGUCCUCUCUGUCGUGCCCCAAUCGUGUCUAACCCCGCUGGUGCUGAGAUUUUGUCGACUGUAACAGAGAUGAAUUCGAGCAAUUUGGGUACAAUUGACGAAACCCAAUCGGAGGAUUCAGCGAGAGAUGCUGGUUCAGGAAGCAAUCAGAGCGGCGAAGGUGGGGUGGGUGAAGCCAGAGUUGAGGCUGAAACUGGAUCAGAAUAUGAAGUUGACUUAAGGGUCGAUGAUGGAACCAUCGAUACUGAGGUUGAAAAGGGGGUUAUGACUGUUCUUUCGUCUCCUGCAAAUUCUGGCCUUCAUGUGCUCGGCAGAGUCUCGGAAGCUGUUCGUCAGGAGGAGGAAGGCAAGAUACAGCCUGUAAGAAGGUCUUUUUCGAUGGGUUCUUUGGCUGCCGCGAUGAUCUGUUUCUCUGUGGCUAAUAUUCCACGAUCAGAAUUGGAAGAAGGUAGUUCAUCAACCCAAGUCGUCCCAGUGAAGGAAUCCAACUCGGGACUCGUCAAGAGCCGAGGUGAAAGUACCACCAUAUUUAAGCUGAUGGGUAGUUCUUUCGGUCGGCAAGCUCUCAAGGCAGGACCCAUUGCCAUGAAAAGAUCAGUCUCAAGCGGUGGGAAGUCCUUGAUGUCUACAUAUGGCGGAGCCCAAAAUUCAAUUCUUCCCCUGUGAGCUCUUUUUCUCUUCUAUCCGACCUAUAUUUAGUUGCAGUGGGGAUGUCUGCAAGAACAUGAUAUCUCGGCUGCCCCCAACAAAUUGGGGUCCUCCCCUUGCUUUUUCUACAUACACAACAAAGUCAUAAGCUGAAGAACUGUACAUAAGCGGAAGGAAAAUGAAUCUGACAAUCAGAGUGAACUCUUGGUGGUACAAAGAAUUUUGGCGUUUUAUCUGAUGUUUUUAUUUCGUAAGGAGAACCAAGUUGAUUUGCCCAAGUAAUUGUGCCAUUUAUUUCUGUAUCUCCUUCAACAAAUAAAUUCCUGAUGUAAUUUUAUACAUUACAACUUAUGUGUGAAAUGCAUAAUUCAAGUGAAAGAUCUUACAAAAAAAAUUGUUAUAAUUUUAAUCUAUUUGGUUGGAAA